AUGGCAGGUAUCAUAUUCUACGAUAUCCCUUCCUCCCUUGAGCCCCAAGCAUGGUCGCACAACACCUGGAGGGUCCGCUACGCACUGAACAUCAAGGGAAUUCCAUACCAGACGGUAUGGGUAGAGUAUCCCGACAUCGAGGCCGUUUGCAAGAAGAUCGGCGCAUCGCCCACCGGCGAAGAAGCACCUCACUACACCCUUCCGGUCAUCAAGACACAUCGACUGGCGCCGUCAUAUCUGAUGGGCCCGAGGAGGGAUGGUCUGGGCAAGGUCGAUAGCUGGUUCAAGAAGAGUAUAGGCCCUUUCCUCACGGGAGAGUCUGUUACCUUCGCGGACGUUUCGGUGGUUUCCUGCCUCAUCUGGCUGAAGGUUAUCUUCGGGGAAGAUAGCCCGGAGUGGAAGGACAUCGCGAGUUGGCACGAUGGUCGAUGGGAUGGGAUGGUUAAUGCCUUUGCAAAGUAUCAACAUUAA